GAAUUCAGCAGUCUCCUGGCCUGCAGAAAAAACAGAAACAUGAGCACAGCAGGAAAAGUAAUUAAAUGCAAAGCGGCUGUGCUAUGGGAGUUAAACAAACCCUUUGCCAUUGAGGAGGUGGAGGUCGCACCCCCUAAAGCUCAUGAAGUUCGUAUAAAGAUGGUGGCCACAGGAGUCUGUCGGUCAGAUGACCACGUAGUUAGUGGACACAUUUUCAUACCUCUUCCUGUGAUUGUUGGCCAUGAGGCAGCUGGGAUUGUGGAGAGCAUUGGAGAAGGAGUGACUACAGUAAAACCAGGUGAUAAAGUCAUCCCACUCUUUACACCUCAGUGUGGGAAAUGCAGUGUUUGUAAACACCCAGAAGGCAACUUCUGCUUGAAAAACGAUUUGAGCAACCCUCGGGGGACUAUGCAGGAUGGUACCAGGAGGUUCACCUGCAGAGGGAAGCCCAUCAGCCACUUCCUUGGCACCAGCACCUUCUCCCAGUACACAGUGGUGGACGAGAUCGCAGUGGCCAAGAUCGAUGCAGCCUCACCACUAGAGAAAGUCUGUCUCGUUGGCUGUGGAUUCACUACUGGUUACGGGUCUGCAGUCAAAGUUGCCAAGGUCACCCAGGGCUCCACCUGCGCUGUGUUUGGCCUUGGAGGAGUCGGCCUGUCUGUUAUUAUGGGCUGUAAAGCGGCAGGAGCAGCCAGGAUCAUUGGGGUGGACAUCAACAAAGAUAAAUUUGAGAAGGCAAUGGAAGUGGGUGCCACUGAGUGCAUCGACCCACAGGACUUCAGGAAACCCAUCGACGAGGUGCUGAAGGAAAUGAGCGGUGGAGGUGUGGAUUUUUCAUUUGAAGUCAUUGGUCGGCUUGACACCAUGAUGGCUGCCUUGUUAUGCUGUCAAGAGGCAUAUGGCAUAAGUGUCAUUGUAGGAGUGCCUCCUAAUUGCCAAAAUCUCUCCAUGAACCCCAUGUUGCUAUUGAGUGGACGUACCUGGAAAGGAGCAAUUUUUGGUGGCUUUAAGAGUAAAGAGUCUGUCCCCAAACUUGUGGAUGAUUUUAUGGUUAAGAAGUUUCCAUUAGAUGCGUUAAUAACCCAUGUUUUACCUUUUGAAAAAAUAAAUGAAGGAUUCGACCUGCUUCGGUCUGGAAGGAGUAUCCGUACCAUCCUGACAUUUUGAGGCCAUACAAACACUUCACUUGUAGCAGUCUUCUGGCUCCUUCAUCAUCUGGAACAUCAGUCAAACAUUAAUAAUUCUGUCCUUCAGAGAUGCUAUCAAUAAAUUACACAUGGGAGCUUUCCCAAAGAAACAAAAAUAGAUGUAAAAUCAUUUUUCAAGCAAAUGUUUAAAAUCCAAGUGAAAGGUAGAUCAACUAUUAGCUGAGUAACUGAAUCCAAUAAACAUUCCUUCUUAAUCAUUC